AAGCCACAGCUCUUGGUUCCUCUCAUGGCUGCUCCAAAUGGAAGUCUGGUCCAUCCAGCCUAUUUCCUACUGGUGGGCAUCCCUGGCCUGGGACCUACCGUGCACUUUUGGCUGGCUUUCCCCCUGUGUCUCAUGUAUGCUGUGGCCACCCUGGGCAACCUGGCCAUCGUCCUCAUCAUCCGUGUGGAGAGGCGCCUGCACGAGCCCAUGUACCUCUUCCUGGCCAUGCUUUCCACCACUGACCUGGUGCUUUCCUCUGUCACCAUGCCCAAGAUGGCCAGCUUGUUCCUGACUGGCAUCCAGGAGAUCGAGUUCAACAUCUGCCUGACCCAGAUGUUCCUCAUUCAUGCUCUGUCAGCCAUGGAGUCAGCGGUCCUACUGGCCAUGGCUUUUGACCGCUUCGUGGCCAUCUGCUACCCACUGCGCCAUGCUUCUGUGCUCACAGGGACUACUGUGGCCAAGAUUGGACUAGCGUCACUGACCAGGGGAUUCCUAUUCUUCUUCCCUCUGCCCUUCAUCUUGAAGCGGUUGUCAUACUGCCGAGCGCACACUGUCACACACUCCUUCUGUCUUCACCAAGAUAUUAUGAAACUGUCCUGUACUGACACCACAGUCAAUGUGGUUUAUGGGCUCUUCAUCAUCCUCUCCGUCAUGGGGGUGGACUCCCUUUUCAUUGGCUUCUCCUACAUCCUCAUUCUGAGGGCUGUGCUGGGGCUGUCCGCCCAGGGGGCGGCAUACAAGGCUUUCAACACCUGCAUCUCCCACCUCUGUGCUGUUCUGGUCUUCUAUGUCCCCCUCAUUGGGCUCUCAGUGGUACACAGGCUGGGCGGUCCCACAUCCCUGCUCCACGUGGUUAUGGCUAACGUCUAUCUACUGUUGCCACCUGUAGUGAACCCCAUUGUCUACGGAGCCAAGACUAAGGAGAUCCGUGCAAGGGUGAUCCUCAUGUUUUCCAAAGAUGGCAGGUGA